UGGACGUAACGAGGAAGGCAGCAAACAAUGUGAUGUGAAUUUAUAGUAGUUCCUGAAUGCUGAUCUCUUUUAGUAGCUAAUGUUAUGUAAUGUUGGGAGAGCUAAGGGCUUUCGUGAAUCAGUUGUGAGCUACUUUGCUAUGAAAAAAAGAGCAGGGCUUCUCAGAUUUCACAUGGCAUUUAGGUUUUGUUGGGUCAAAUGCAUGAGAAAUUGAUAUUGGCUACUCGCUAGAAGCGGUAGCCUUAAUCGAGGGGUCACGUUCUGAGACAAGGAAGAAAAACAUGAUUUCCAAUAUGGUCCGGAAAAAGAAUCCCCCUUUGAGAAGCUUCGGCGGUGAGGAGGAGGCUGGAGAAGCAGCGGCCACAGGGUGCGCAGGUGGCGAGAGCGAGGGAGCGGCAGCGCGCGGCCGGGACCGGGACCUCCGCGCCGAUCACAUGCGGGGGGAGCCUGGCCAGGCCGAUGAGCUGCAGCCAGACAGGGAGGAGGAUCUGUGCGCGCUCGUCCAGCGGCUCUCUCCCGGCAUCAAAAGGGACUUGAAAGGCGGGGCGGCGACGGCGGCGCCGGCGAGCCAGAGGCCUGUCUCCAAUUACGAAAGCCACAAGAAGGGAGGAAAUGUUCCGUCCUUCCCCCGUGAUGAGGUGACAGACAGAAAUAUGCUGGCACUCUUAUCCCCAGCUGCUGGGCGCGUCUGCGACGGGCUCGAGUCUCCCGGCAGAUCAGAAGCAGAUGGGGGCGCGGAGCGGGCUCGCAGCCCGGCCGGGGACCCGGGGGAGGGCGGGGAGGGAAGGAGCGGCUGCGUUGGGGAGGGGCUGCGACGCUCGCCGGGCGGCCAGGCGGGCGGGAUUGGCUGCGCCGCCGCCCAGGGCUGUCCCAGCAACGGCGAGGACCGGGGCCCCACCGGAAGCUCGCCGGCUCCGACGGGUGAGCUGGGCGCCGACAGGCCUAGGACAGCCGCCCACCUGGCGCACGGGCGCAGGAACAGCGAGGACGGCGCAGAUGAACCAGGCGGCGCCUCCACCGACGGCCGAGCGCGGCCGCCCUCCUCGCCGAAGCUGCAGGACUUCAAAUGCAACAUUUGCGGCUACGGUUACUACGGCAACGACCCCACGGACCUGCUCAAGCACUUCCGCAAAUAUCACCUGGGCCUGCACAACCGCACGCGGCAGGACGCUGAGCUGGACACCAAGAUCCUGGCGCUACACAACAUGGUGCAGUUCUCCGGCCAGGCUCAUGCCAAAGACGCGGGCCGCCUGCUCCAGCACAGCAUCCUGACGGGGGCGCUGCCGGAAGCAGGCUCCCCCCGGCCCAUGCUGCUCAACGGCACCUAUGACGUGCAGAGCUGGGGAUCUGAAGUGAGCCAAUGA